GAGCAAUCAUGGAGAAAGACGCAAGCUUGCAAAGAUGAACACUUUGAAAUCCCUAGUUUUUCCCAAUUUCGUUGCCAAUUAGGGUUUGGGCUCCAUGGAGGUGGUUGAUGGGACGGCGACGGCUGCCUCUGGAUCGAUGCCGGAGCCGGGGACGGAGGGGAAUGAGCAGGUGAGGGUUAGGAGGAAGACGCUGAAGGCGGUGUUGGAGCAGUGCCAGAUGACCCUUGAGUUGAUUCAGAGAGCGGGGAAGGAUGUGGAUCUUGGUGAGGGUGAUGGCGAUGGAGAGGAGGACAGCGAGGGGUCGUCUGUUGGUGAUUUUGAGACCGAUGAGUUAUGCGAUCUUCUCAAGUCCAAAGUUGAAUCUCCUAACUUCCUUGAAAAGCUUGGGAGCAUCCACAUGUCCAUGUACAAAAAUAGUUCUGAUGAUACUGCUUCUUGGGAUGUAGUCAGUGCUAAAGAUCUAUGGGAUGAUAAACAUAUUAAUGGAGACACUGAAUCGGGCCAAGAUGAUUUUGUGCUUGUCAAACAAGAGGACAUCGUAGAGGGAAUCGCUUGCUUCAUGGCUGCAUAUCUAUUAUCACUCAAAGAAACAAAAGAGCUGUCACCCGACCAACUUCAAGAAGCUCUUACGAAAACAUUCUCUUUAAAAAAGAAAAAAAGCAAACUCCGCAAGGCCUGGGAUGGAAGCAAAGUUAUUUACAAUGUUGCUUCCUGGGGCGCAACUGCUGUUGGGAUUUACCAGAAUCCGGCGAUAAUACGGGCUGCUACGGUGGCCUUUUGGAGCUCGUGCCGUGUUAUAUCAAAGCUAUUCUAAACUUCGGCAAAUUGUAAUCCAGGCUGUAGGUGGUGAGAAUGCAGAGUUCCCAAACUCAUUAUACAAAAACUGGCACAAGAACUCUGAGAUUGGCAAAUGUUGGGUGAUACUGUAUGAUAAAUGAUUAUCAUACAUUCCUUAAAGGCCAGUUUAAUUACCACCUCUACAACUACAUUGUUUCUCUAAUCCUCUGAUUGAUUGUUAUCUUAUGAAUUCUUAAUGUGUAUAUAAAUUUAUGUAUCAAAUUUGUAAAUGAGCUCCUGCAUCUGGUUUGAUAACAUUGUGCCAUUUUAUUGUAUUUCUUCCUAUGUAUAUGAACAAACCAUGUGCUUAUAAUGCAUGCCCAAAUAUCCAUAAAAAAUGAUUUGUGAA